CCGUCCCUGUAUUCUCUUCUCCCCUCACCGGCUUCCUCUCCCAGACCGAGAGCCCUUCGCAGCGCCACUCCACUCUCCCUCUCCGCCUGCGCCGUCGGCGGCGGCGGCGGCCCCGACUCCUCCACCAACUUGAGGGGUGAGAUGUUCGACCAAGUGCUUCUUUAAUUCUCAUGGUGUUUGUUUUCCUCAAGCACGAGAUUGUUAGAUGCUAAUUGCACAGAUGAAGGGCUACAGAUCAAUUUGGAUUGGGUCUCUCACCCCUACAGACUCGUGAUUUGGUACAAGGCAUCCGGCCAAAGACACAGGAGGCUAGCAGCAUUUAUACAUAGCAAGAGCAGCUAUCUCUAUAACGAUUCUUGUGUCAUUUAAAGAGCCUGUACUAUACAUGGCAGAGGUCCUCACUCCUCAAUUGCAGAAUUUUUGUUAUCGGCAGCUUGCUUAUCAGUUGCAUCAUAUCUGCUCUUCCUGCAGCCAAUUUUGUAGCACGUCCUUUUGACAUUGAAGAAUUGAGUAAUUUGUGGAUUACCUUUUUAAAUGCAUCUCAUGCCUCAUUCAUUUGUCAGAAAUCAAACAUCACAGAUGCCGCCGUUCAGCUUUACACUCGACGAAGGUUCUUCUAGGCUGAAAAAACCAUGUAAAUGGCAAAGGGUGCUGCUUAAAGUAAGUGGGGAAGCUCUUGCUGGGGAUCACAGAGAAAACAUUGACCCAAAGAUUACAAUGGCAAUUGCGAGAGAGGUUGCUUCUGUCACCAAGCUAGGUGUAGAGGUGCAAAUUGUGUUCCGUAUGUCAGAGGUUGCAGAACCAUACAUCCGCCGGAGAGCUCUCAGGCAUUUAGAGAAAGGAAGGGUUGUUAUAUUUGCUGCUGGGACAGGGAACCCAUUCUUUACAACUGAUACCGCUGCUGCUCUUCGAUGUGCAGAAAUCAAUGCAGAGGUAGUGCUUAAAGUGACAAAUGUUGAUGGCGUGUACGAUGCGGACCCCAAGCACAACCCAAAUGCCAGCCUUCUUGAGACUGUGAGCUAUCAUGAAGUAACAACAAGAGAUCUCUCAGUAAUGGACAUGACUGCCAUUACACUAUGCCAAGAAAACCAACAUUCCUUUUGUCGUCUUUAACUUGCAAAAGCCGGGAAACGUUGCAAAGGCUAUUGUUGGUGAGAAGGUUGGUACCUUUAUCGGCUGCACAAGAAAUCAGGAACAAAAUGGAAACGCAUUAGGCGAAGAAAGAAGAUUGGUUAAUGAGGUGUGAGUUCAACAGUUGCACGUCUUGGGACUCUCCCUUUUCUUAUUUAUUAGUUGCCUAGGAAGUUUUACGGGGUUGGGUUGGGUUGGGUUGGGGGCUAGUGCUGGAAUGAGGCUUGAUUAAUGAUCAAAAUUCUGAUAGUUGUAACCUUGGAAGAAGACAGGUUCAAAAUUUUCCAACCGAGUGCUCCUAGACACAAGGAGAUUAUUAAUUA